AUAUGGAUAGAUCCAAUUGAUUCAACUGCAGAUUAUAUAAAUGGAAAUGAAAAAAUAGAUGAUGCUACUGGCGUGCAUAUGAGCGGUUUACGAUGCGUCACUGUUUUAAUCGGAGUGUAUUCAAAAACCACUGGUAAACCGAUUUUGGGAGUAGUUAAUCAACCUUUUCAUACAAACGUGGAUUUGCGAUGGAAAGGCAAAUGCUACUGGGGAUUUUUGGAAAAUGAUAUUGGAAGAUGUUCUAUUGCUAAAGAAUCUGACGAUAAGAAAAUCAUUGUCCUUAGCAGAGUCGAAGACGAGAAUGUGAAGUCUAAGCUUUUGAAAGCUGGUUUCACUUUAGUGGAAGCAGCUGGAGCUGGAUAUAAAAUAUUAAGCGUCGCUCUUGGAGAAGUUGAUGCCUAUAUUUUAUCGAGGGGUUCCACAUACAAAUGGGAUACUUGUGGACCACAAGCUGUUUUAUGUUCCCUGGACGGCGGUAUUAUUGAAUUCCGAAGUUUUAUAAACGACUCGGGUUCUGAUCAU